AUGCCUUCUGAAGGCUUAUUCCAUACUUUUAUAAAUUCUGAUGACUUUAAGCUUCCACAAAUAUUGAGCCUGAUAGAAUUGACAGAUUGGCGAGAUCUUGAAUAUGACAUAUGGACAGGAUAUAUCAUUAAUAAUGGAGAGACUAUCACAGUCCAGAGCAGUGAUUAUCAAACAGAAUUAUAUUGUCGAAAUGCAACUUUGAAGGAAAGAUUUUUAU